AUGUCAAUUGAGCUACCGGCGAAGAGUAAAAUGCGGAUUUUCGUUGUAUUCCUCCUUUUUAUAUCAGCAAUAUGUGGAUCUACGAACGUAGAUACAAUAUCGGGUGAAGUAAAAAUCAAAAAUGUCGACAGAAUUAUUGAUUGUUCAUCACAACUUGUGAAAACAACUUCAAAAAUAACCUUGGAAAACACAGGCAAAGCACCGCUAAAGAAUUUUUUGCUGGCAGUAGAAAGUUCCGUGAAAGACAAUUUAUCGUUUCUCGGAGUAAAGGAUAGCAACAAUAAAGAUCUACGGUUAAGUGAAACCGUAGUAAAGGGAUAUGGAGACGUCAGAUUUUAUAGAGUUGACCUAAAAGAUCCUUUAAACGUGGGCUCCACAGCGGUCGUUGUUGCAGAAGCAGUGCUAACUAAAGCCUUACAACCAUACCCCACUGCUAUUACACAACAAGAGGAUCAGUUGGUCAAGUUUAUUGGUAACCUUUACUUCUUCUCCCCAUACCAUGUAACAUCUCAGAAAACCAAUGUAAUAUUAAACACUAAGACUAUAGAAUCAUUUACAAAAGUCAAACCAUUUAGUCAGCUAGAUGGUACUCUUGUAUAUGGUGCUUAUGCUAACAUAGGACCAUUUACUGAAAAGGAAUUAAGUGUUCACUUCAAGAAUAACUCUCCAUUUUUAACUGUUAGCCGUAUAGAGCGCCUUAUUGAAGUAUCUCAUUGGGGAAAUAUAGCAAUAGAAGAGAAGAUUGAAAUUGAACAUACAGGUGCAAAGUUGAAGGGCCCAUUCUCCCGUUAUGAUUAUCAACAGGAUCACCAUAGUGGCCCAGCCAGUGUGCGCUCUUAUAAGACUUUCUUACCUGCAUCUGCUGCUGAUGUUUACUACAGGGAUACAAAUGGCAACAUUUCUACAUCCAAUAUGAAAGUUAAAAAAGAUUCAGUGGAAUUGGAUUUGAGGCCCCGUUACCCACUUUUUGGAGGUUGGAAGACACAUUACACUCUAGGAUACAAUGUACCAAGCUAUGAAUACCUGUAUCACUCUGGAAAUGAGUACCUCUUAAAAAUGAGAGUGAUUGAUCAUGUAGUUGAUGAUAUGCAGGUUGAUGAAUUAGUCACAAAAGUUAUUUUGCCAGAAGGAGCUCACAGCAUUAAGGCUAAUUUCCCAUAUCCAUUAACUAGAUUGCCCGAUACUUUGCAUUACACAUACUUAGAUACUCAAGGUCGCCCUGUGAUUACAUUUACAAAGAGAAAUGUAGUGGAGAACCACAUCCAAGAUUUUCAACUUCGCUAUACAUUCCCCACCAUCUUUAUGCUUCGAGAACCUCUACUAGUAGUUGCUUCCCUAUACACUUUAUUCUUAUGUGUAAUUAUUUAUGUAAGACUAGAUUUUUCUAUUCACAAAGAAGCUCAUGUAAAAGCUAAUUAA